ACCACCACCACCACCAUCACACGGGAAAUCACCACUCCCGCCGACACGGCCGCCCCCGCCACCUCCAUCACAGCCCCUCUGCCCACCCCCUCCACGACAGGAACCACCGUGACAGCCACGGCACACCUGCGAACCACACCCACCCCGGCAGCCCCACAGAGUACCCCGGGCAUCACUCCCCCAACCGCCUACUCCACGGGAGGCUCAAGCACAUCUGCAGUUUCCUCGCCGCUCCCUAGCCCUGCUUCCCUGCAGACAUCCAGAACCCUAGCUCCGUCUCCGGAGCCUUCGGGCACGCCCACCAGCACACCCACCACCCGCUCCACAUCCACCAGCCCCACUGCCUCCUUGACCAUCACCACUGACCUCACCUCCACACCCACUUUCUCCAGCCUGGCCCCCACCCCCACGCGUGUCAUCCCGUCCUCCCCCACCGUCCACACCACAGCCGCAGCACUCAGUGCCCUCACCACCUCGGCCACGAUGCCCGACACGACAUCCGUGCCCCCAAGUACCCACCGCGCUGCCACUCCCUCCGUCACUGCAGCCGCUCCCGGAACCUCUGCAGCCUCCCCUUCCACGUCCACCAGCAGUAGCAGGACCACCCCGCCCCAGGGGGCCACCGCUGCCUCCACCAGCACCAGCACCAGCACCAGCACCAGCACCAGCACCAGCACCGGCCCUGGCCCCGGCACCAGCACACUGCACACGACCACGCUUACUCCCUCCAGUGACACGCCUGCACAGCCUUUCACGACAGACACUACUUCUCAGCCCCCAAUCACAUCAUCGGUCACCCCCAGGCGCACCGCCAGCUCCCUGGCCUCCCACGCCUCCUCUCCAGUGACCACCGAUGCCUUCACCUCAGCCACGAGCCUGCCUCUGUCUUCUCCUCCUGCCUCAAGCGCAGAGCCAGCCCCCACUUCCGCCCCGCACCCGAGCCCUCUCUCCACCUUGGUCACCACCAUCCCCACCACCCAGGCCACGUCCACCCCUCCACCUCCCACUGGGACCCCCACCCCCACCGCAACAGGAAUCACCACGCCCACUGACACCGCAACCCCCGCCACCUCCGCCUCGAUCACAACCCUCUGGCCCACUCCCUCCACGACCGACACCACCGCCACGCCCUCACCCCUGCGAACCACACCCAGCCCGACAACACCGCACACUACUCCAGGCAGCCCGUCCUCAACCUUCUACCCCACUGGAAGCACAGUCACGUCGGCAGUGGCCUCCUCCCCCUCUACCUCUGCCGGCCCGCACACCUCCACCACCACAGCUCCAUCUUCUGCCAGUACGGGCAUCUCCACCGCCACGCCAACCACCACCAACUCCACAUCCACUAGGACCCCUGGCUCACUGACCACCCUGACCGGCCUCAGCUCCAGCAGGUCACCAAGCCCCACAAGUGUCAUGCCCUCUUCCGGCCCCCUGCACAUCCCAGGCACCACUCUCGCUGUCACCACCACCUCUGCCCCGCUGCCUGCUACCGCAUCCCCGCUCACAAGUGCCCACGGCACUGCCACCCCCUCCCUCACCACCAGCACUCCGCUUCCAUCCGCUCGCCCCUCUCCCACGCCCGCCAGCAGUCCCAAGGCCACUCAGGCCGAGAGUAGCCCUCCGCCGGCCACGAGCAGCAGCACACUGAGCACCAGCACGGUCACACCUAGCAGGGACAUGCCCUCACAGUCCCCCAGGACAGAGAGGACUUCCGUUCCGCCAAUCACCUCAUCCGUCACCCCCACAAACACAGUCGGCUCCCCCACCUCCCCCACUUCCUCUCGAGGGACCGCCAAGACCGGGACCUCAUCCACGAGCCUGCCUCUGUCCUCUCCUCCUGCCUCAAGCGCAGAGCCAGUCCCCACUUCCGCCCCCAACCCUAGCCCUCUCUCCACCUUGGUCACCACCAUCCCCACCACCCAGGCCACGUCCACCCCUCCACCUCCCCCU